GAGUGGCGGGGGCCCCAGCAUAUCCUCGCUUCGGGCCGCAUCCUGGAAUACCACAGAGAGACCUCGGACUCUGAUUCAUUCCUCCCAGCGAGUCCUUGAGGACAGAGUGCCUGAGGCCCCGGGUCUGGACACCAGAGUUCCUUGCGCUGUGGACUUCCUGCGGGGAAGGAGUACCCCCGGGCUCUGGCGUGAGCAAAUUUUCGUUUAAAUUCCAAAUGAAAAUGUUUGAGAGCGUUGACUCUACAACCACAAAAUCUGGCCCAGAUCUUUGGGCUGAAAUCUGUUCCUGUCUGCCAAAUCCUGACCAAGAGGAUGGUGCCAAAAAUGCCUUCUCAGACUCCUUUUUGGAUUCUUACCCUGCAGGCACGAGCCAGAGGGAGGCCCCAGACUUUGCUACUCAGCCAGCCAUAAAACCUUGGGCUCCCUUGCAGGAUUCAGAAGUGUAUCUAGCAUCUCUAGAGAAGAAACUGAGAAGAAUCAAAGGUUCAAAUCAGGAAGUGACUUCUAAGGACAUGCUUCGAACCCUGGCCCAAGCCAAGAAGGAAUGCUGGGAUCGGUUCCUCCAGGAAAAGUUAGCAUCAGAGUUCUUCGUGGAUGGACUCGAUUCUGAUGAGAGCACCUUGGAACAUUUCAAGAGGUGGCUCCAGCCAGAUAAAGUAGCCAUCAGUACAGAGGAGGUCCAGUAUCUGAUUCCUCCAGAGUCACAGGUUGAGAAGCCAGUGUCUGAGGACGAGCCAGCGGCAGAGGAACAAUAAAUUACACAUACUUUCACACACAUGUGCUUGCGCUGAGCUGCUGUCUUGAGUCCAGAGGGAACAGUGGAGAGCUCAGCAGCAGCAGCGGCAAGGAGGAAACUUGGGAGGGAGAAAACCCAAUCUUCCACUCAACAAGCACACAGCUGUGGGCCCCUGAGGACUUGCUUGGGGCUGCCAUGUGUGGCUGUCUUUUACGAAGUGACUGACCCGGUGUGCCCUGGAUCAAAAUGUUGCUUUCCUGUAUGUCUCACAGCUUGCUUGAUUGAGGGCUGGUGCUGCAAGUGAAAAGUCUGCUAAGAAUCUAGUGAAGGACCCAGGCAUAAGUGUAUUUGGAGAAACUGAUGCCCUUGUGUAUCAUGUAUACAUUAAGUGAGCCAUAUUUUUCCUUGCCUCUUCUGGAUUUCUGUGCCUGCGUCCCAAGCAUUUCUGUGGUAACUUGUCAGGAGUGAGUGGGGCCAAGGAAAGUGAAGUCUGCCUCCUUAAACCCAAGCCCCAUUUGGGGAUUCGCUAACAAGUCCAUAAUAAAUAUGGGGACUUUCGGAAAAGAA